GUUCAGCUGCGUCUCAGUGGGUUUUGUUCAGACUGCAGAAUCUUCAAGUUCAACUCUUUCGACUGUUUGAAGAAACUAUGAAGGUGUGUGUGUGAGCUGAUGUGGACGUGAAUUCAGCAGAAUGGACCAGUGUGAGGACGGAGAGGAGGGAGUCCCUCCCUCUAAAACUUCUCUGAGUGGGGAACAUGAGAGUCGGAGCAAAGCUCAGAGGAAUCAACCUGGACCUGGACCUGGAUCUGGACCCGGACCUGGACCUGGACAAAGCUGUGUGUCCUUGAAGAGCGACCGGUCAAUGGGCAAGUUAAUUAACUUUAAAAGAGACCAACGUUCUGCUGUAAAAAGGUUCCAUCAGAAAAGAGACUCUCUUGAACAUGAACCCAGCUGUUUGUCCUUGAAGAGCGACCGGUCAAAUCCGAGAUUAAUUGACUUUAAGGGAGACCAACAGUCCUCUUCAGAGAGAGUGGACCAGCAGAUCUCAGAGUCCCCCAGUGGUCCAUCUGUCCAGCAGCAUCAGACACAGCUGGACUCCAUAAUUCUGCUGCUGGAGGACAACAUUGUCAUGUUUGUGAAGGACGAGCUGAAGAAGAUCCAGAGGGGUCUGAGUCCAGAUUACCCAGAAUCCCUAGAGAAUCUGUUGCAGGGUGAGGAUGAAGAGCAGAGGAGGAGCAGAGAGGCGUUUGUGAAGAUCACAGUGAACUUCCUGAGGAGAAUGAAGCAGGAGGAGCUGGCUGAGCGUCUGCAGAGCAGUACUUUUGCUGAAGUUUGUAAAAAGCGGCUGAAGUCUAAGCUGAGGAAGAAGUCCCAGUGUGUGUUUGAGGGGAUCAUUAAAGCAGGAAACCCAACCCUUCUGGAGCAGAUCUACACAGAGCUCUACAUCACAGAGGGAGGGACUGGAGAGGUCAACUAUGAACAUGAAGUCAGACAGAUUGAAGCAGCAUCCAGGAGACCAGACAGAGCAGAAACAACCAUCAGACAGGAAGACAUCUUUAAACUCCCACCUGGAAGAGAUGAACCAAUCAGAACAGUGAUGACGAAGGGAGUGGCCGGCAUCGGGAAAACAGUCCUAACACAGAAGUUCACUCUGGACUGGGCUGAAGGCAGAACCAACCAGCACAUCCAGUUCCUGCUUCCUUUCACCUUCAGAGAGCUGAAUGUGCUGAAAGAGAGAAAGUUCAGCUUGGUGGAACUUGUUCAUCACUUCUUUACUGAAACUAGAGAAAUCUGCAGCUUUGAAGAGUUCCAGGUCGUGUUCAUCUUUGAUGGUCUGGAUGAGAGUCGACUUCCUCUGGACUUCCACAACAAUGAGGUCCUGACUGAUGUUACAGAGUCCACCUCAGUGGAAGUGCUGUUGACAAACCUCAUCAGGGGGAACCUGCUUCCUUCUGCUCGUCUAUGGAUCACCACACGACCCGCAGCAGCCAAUCAGAUCUCUCCUGAGUGUGUCUCCAUGGUGACAGAAGUCAGAGGGUUCACUAACCCACAGAAGGAGGAAUACUUCAAGAAGAGGUUCAGAGAUGAAGAGCAGACCAGCAGGAUCAUCUCCCACAUCAAGACGUCACGAAGCCUCCACAUCAUGUGCCAUAUCCCAGUCUUCUGCUGGAUCACUGCUACGGUCCUGGAGAAAGUCCUGGAAACCAGAGAGGGAGGGGGGCUGCCCAAGACCCUGACUGAGAUGUACAUCCACUUCCUGGUGGUCCAGGCCAAACUGAAGAAGGUCAAGUAUGAUGGAGGAGCUGGGAUGGAUCCACACUGGAGUCCAAAGAGCAGGAAGAUGGUGGAGUCUCUGGGCAAACUGGCUUUUGAGCAGCUGCAGAAAGGAAACCUGAUCUUCUAUGAACCAGACCUGAGAGAGUGUGGCAUCGAUGUCCGAGAGGCUUCAGUGUACUCAGGAGUGUUCACACAGAUCUUUAGAGAGGAGAGCAGCCUGUACCAGGACCCGGUCUUCUGCUUCAUCCAUCUGAGUGUUCAGGAGUUUCUGGCUGCUCUUCAUGUCCAUCUGACCUUCAUCAAGUCUGGAGUCAACCUGCUGGAGGAACAAAGAAACACCUUCUUGUGGUUUAAAAAAAGAGCAGAGACUGACCUCUAUCAGACAGCUGUGGACAAGGCCUUAGAGAGUCCAAACGGACACCUGGACUUGUUCCUCCGCUUCCUCCUGGGUCUCAAACUGGAGACCAAUCAGACUAUCCUACGAGGUCUGUUGGAACCAAAACAAAGAAGUUCACAGAACAAUCAGGAAACAGUUGAAUACAUCAAGGAGAAGAUCAGUGAGGAUCUGUCUGCAGAGAAAAGCAUCAACUUGUUCCACUGUCUGAAUGAACUGAAUGCUGGUUCUCUGGUGGAGGAGGUCCAACGGUCCCUGAAGUCUGGACUUCUCUCCACAGAGGAACUGUCUCCUGCUCAGUGGUCGGCUCUGGUCUUCAUAUUACUGUCAUCAGAAGAAGAUCUGGAGGUGUUUGACCUGAAGAAAUACUCAGCUUCAGAGGAGGUUCUACGGAGGCUGCUGCCGGUGGUCAAAGCCUCCAAGAAAGUUGUGUUGAGUGACUGUAACCUCUCAGAGGACAUCUGUCCACUUCUGUCCUCAGUUCUCAGCUCUCAGUCCUCCAGUCUGACAGAACUGGACCUGAGCAACAACCACCUGCAGGAAUCAGGACUGAAGAAGCUGUGUCCAGGACUGGAGAGUCCACACUGUCACCUGGAGUCUCUUAGGCUGUCAGGCUGUCUGAUCUCAGAGGAAGGCUGUGCUUCUCUGGUCUCAGCUCUGAGCCCCUCCCAUCUGAGAGAGCUGGACCUGAGCUACAACCAUCCAGGAGAGGCAGCAGGGAAGCUUUUGUCUAGACUGGAGGAUCCCCGCUGGAGACUGGACACUCUCAGGGUGGAGCCUGCUGGACAACGAUGGUUGACACCAGGUCUGAGGAAGUAUUCCUGUCAACUCGCCAUCAACACAAAUACAGUCCACGACAACAUCAAACUGUCUGACAACAACAGGAAGAUGACACGUAUGGACAAGGAUCAGUCAUAUCCUGAUCAUCCAGACAGGUUUGAUUACUGGGAUCAGCUGCUGUGUAGAGAAGUUCUGACGGGUCGCUGUUACUGGGAGGUCCAGAGAAGAGGAAGAGUUUCUGUAUCAGUGAGUUACAGAAGAAUCAGCAGGAAAGGAACCUCUGAUGACUGUUUGUUUGGAAGGAACGAUCAUUCCUGGAGUCUGGACUGUUCUGGUGACGGUCGGUACCAUGUCUGGCACAAUAACAGAGUAACAUCUUCCUCCUCCUCUUCCUCAGUCUCUGACAGAGUAGCAGUGUAUGUGGACGUUCCUGCUGGAACUCUGUCCUUCUACAGCGUUUCCUCAGACAGAUGGAUCCACCUCCACACCUUCAACACCACAUUCACUGAACCUCUCUAUCCUGGGUUCAGGUUCUGGUCCAAUCCUGGUUCUUCAGUGUCUCUGUGUUGAGUUCAGUCUCCAGAGUCUCCUCCUGUCAGAGAAACUGUCUCUGUUGGACAGAUAGUUGAGUCUGUACACGUCUGUCUCUGUUUCCAUCAGAACACCUGAAUCACAUGUUGGUGAAACUGUUUUGAAUGAUUCCUUGGAAACUUCUUCCUCUUCCGGUCCUUUAAAGGUGGAAGCUGCCGUUAUUCCAGGAUCCACAUGUUGUUCUUCUGUCUGUUUCCAGUCAGAGCUUCACGGUGAACAGCAGCAUGUUGUUUCUCUGCAGCUCAGUUCAGCUGAGAUCAUUCAGUUCAUGUCAGCUACAGUUAGUUUGCUGCACAUGUGACCAACUGUGAUGUCAGAGAGGAAUCACUGAGCUGCAAUCAGCCAAGAUGGAGUUACAACCUGCUGACAGAUCUGAGCACAAGGUUGUUGUGCAGCCAGGGUUCAUCCUGGUCUUUAUUCAUACCCACUUCCCAAUAUUUGAUAUUCACACAUUGAAAGCGCUGCUUCAACAUUUCCUCACAAUAAUUAUAAAAUUGAUUUAUCAUGCUACAAAACUUAUUUCAGAAUCAAACCUUUUUUAAUCUUAAUCCAUUUAGUUUGUUCCAAUUUUCAAAUGAUCACUUCUGUAAAAUUUUAGUAGCAAAUCAUGAACAUCUUGAAAUCAAGUCCCAUUUGUACGAAACUCGACCACCAUAAGACUUUUAGCAAAUCAUGAAGUCCCACAUCUGUAGAAAUGAUCAGGUAUAAAAAUAAUCGCAUAUUCAAAAUCCCCACAUUUGUACUAAUAAUCAAAUAUGUAGCACUAGUCUGAAGGUUUGCAUGACAGAGUGGUUGAUUUAAGAGCAUCCAGCCACCAGGGGGGGCUGCUGCACUCCAUCCCGCUGAGUGCCGCUUAUCGUGUAGCAGGAGAAGAGAGACAAUGAUGAGAAGCUGGAUGAUGUGGAUGAAGCUGUUAUAUUACUUUGUGUCAUGAAUCUGAUGUUUGUGGUUCAGUGUGCGUCCAGAGAAAUGUGAGUUAUAUUGUUGUUUAUUGGAAGCACUUUUUUGUUGUUAUAUUUUAUAAAUCUGCUGGUGAGUAUUUCCAGCAGUGUUAUUUACUUUGCUAAUCAUUUAAAAAUAUGAAAAUGUGAUAGAAUCUCAUGUAUAUGAUGUUCAUGUGAAUAACAUUAUUAUUUGGAUUGUGUGCUAUGGUUAAACAUAUGUUUAUUGCUGUUUAUUGAUUUCUAUUAUUCUUUGGUUUAUUCUAGAACCACACACACACACCACAUCUGUAAGUGUACUCUCUAGACUGGAAUAAAGCACU